GGCAGAGGGAUCCCGGUGGGUCACUCGGUGUCUCCUCUCCCCUGGCGGUGUCUGCCCGCGGUCCGGCCUGCGGCGACGCAGCGAACGAAAGGACAAGAUAACAAAGUACAAAAUGGUUCUUUGCAUCAGAAGGAUACAGUCCAUGACAAUGACUUUGAACCCUACCUUUCUGGACAGUCAAGUCAGAGUAACAGUUACCCCUCAAUGAGUGAUCCCUACCUGUCCAGCUAUUACCCGCCGUCCAUUGGAUUUCCUUACUCUCUCAAUGAGGCACCAUGGUCCACUGCAGGGGACCCUCCGAUUCCAUACCUCACCACCUAUGGACAGCUCAGUAAUGGGGACCAUCAUUUUAUGCACGAUGCUGUUUUUGGGCAGCCUGGUGGUCUGGGGAACAACAUCUAUCAGCACAGGUUUAAUUUUUUCCCUGAAAACCCUGCGUUCUCAGCAUGGGGGACAAGUGGAUCUCAAGGGCAGCAGACUCAGAAUUCAGCGUAUGGAAGUAGCUACACUUACCCACCGAGCUCCCUGGGUGGCACCGUGGUUGAUGGGCAGACAGGUUUUCACAGCGACACACUCAACAAGGCCCCUGGGAUGAACAGCCUGGAGCAGGGCAUGGUUGGCCUGAAGAUUGGGGAUGUUACCACCUCUGCAGUCAAGACGGUGGGCUCUGUUGUCAACAGUGUGGCACUUACUGGUGUCCUCUCUGGCAGUGGUGGGACAAAUGUAAAUAUGCCAGUUUCAAAACCGACCUCAUGGGCGGCCAUUGCCAGCAAGCCUGCAAAACCACAGCCUAAGAUGAAAGCAAAGACUGGGCCUGUGAUGGGAGGUGCACUGCCCCCUCCACCAAUAAAGCAUAACAUGGACAUUGGCACGUGGGAUAACAAAGGACCGGUGCCAAAGGCCCCAGCCCCCCAGCAGACACUGUCCCCUCAGGCUGUCCCCCAGCCCCAGCAGGUGGCUCAGCCUCUUCCAGCUCAGCCUCACCCUUUGGCCCAACCACAAUAUCAGAGCCCUCAGCAGCCACCCCAAACCCGCUGGGUCGCGCCUCGCAACAGAAACGCAGCAUUUGGGCAGACUGGAGGGGCUGGCAGUGAUAGUAACUCUCCUGGAAAUACCCAGCCUAGUUCUGCCCCAAGUGUAGAAUCCCACCCCGUCCUUGAGAAACUGAAGGCUGCUCACAGCUAUAAUCCUAAAGAGUUUGACUGGAACCUGAAGAGUGGACGUGUGUUCAUAAUAAAGAGCUACUCUGAGGACGACAUCCAUCGCUCCAUUAAGUACUCCAUUUGGUGUAGCACGGAGCAUGGCAACAAGCGCUUGGAUAGCGCCUUCCGCUCCACGAGCAGCAGGGGGCCUGUCUACCUGCUCUUCAGUGUCAAUGGGAGUGGGCACUUCUGUGGGGUGGCGGAGAUGAAGUCCCCUGUGGACCAUGGCACCAGUGCCGGGGUCUGGUCUCAGGACAAAUGGAAGGGGAAGUUUGACGUGCAGUGGAUUUUCGUCAAGGAUGUGCCCAACAGCCAGCUCCGGCACAUCAGACUGGAGAACAACGACAAUAAGCCAGUCACGAACUCCCGCGACACACAAGAGGUGCCCUUGGAGAAAGCAAAACAAGCACUGAGGAUCAUUGCUUCCUACAAACACACCACUUCCAUCUUUGAUGACUUUUCUCACUACGAGAGGCGCCAGGAGGAGGAGGAGGUGGUGCGCAAGGAACGGCAGAAUCGAAACAAACAAUGAGGAAAAAUCAGUUUCUUAUAUGUUCUAACAUUUGACUUUGAAAAACAGUUUAAAAAAUGUAUGCUUGGUGCUGUCCCCCGGCGUCGGCCCCAGUGUGUUGUCCGUGCAGGGCUGUCCCCUGGCAUCAGCCCCAGCGUGUCGUCUAUGCAGGGCUUGGGUUGUUGCAUCUUUACCUUUUUUGUAGUUUAUUUUUGCCCAAAUGGAUCCACGUUCAUUUGUAUUUUUUCUAUGUAUUAUGUAAUAUUGUAGAACUCACUAAUAAAGGAAUAUUCUUUGUCAGCUUAUCAAUCAGACUGAUAUAAUGUGAAAUAUAUGUAUCCUUAAAAACAAACAGAACUAAAAACAUACAUCCCAAAGGCGGUUUUUUUUAAAAAAUUUGGCAGAUAUUAUGUUUUUGUUCUUAUACUCGGUCAUUUAGUAUCUCUGUAUGAGACUUUGUAUUCUUGCCUCUUUAUUGCUUUAUAGCAAACACAAGAAACCAUGAGUUGUUUUGUCAUUUAGAGUGUCCUGUUAAAUCUCUUCAAAAUACUGAAGUCAAAGGGUUAGCGAUUAUCUGUUCAUCUGGUUUGCCGUUUUUAUUAACUGUGUUAUCUGUCUAAAGUGCUAAUCUGCCCAUUUGAUUUUUCUACUAGACAGAUAAAUUUUAAAUUUCAAAUUUGGUGAAAAUGAUUUUGUUUUCUUGGAAGAUUAUCCUUUCAGGAUCGGUUGCCUGCACUGAGCGGCUGCUGUGUCCCUCACUUCCCUGCUGUCUAAUCCAUCUGGAUGGUGAUGGGGUUCCACAUGUGGAGUAUUUGGAAGAUGUUUUACGUCUGAUUCAGUGUUCUGGGAUUCUUAGUUGUUUGCAGAUCAUUUUUAAUUUCCCCCUUUUUCUUCACUUGAGAAUCCUAGUGCCAUCCUAAGUUUUUAUACCAAUAAUGCUGAGCUUUAAGUGUAGGAUCUGGUAGUACAGACAGUGUGGUGGGUGACGCUUCCGAUUGUAAAUUUCACUGUGUGUGUCUAAUCUUUUUCUUCCUGUUGAAUGGGUAAAAACAAAAAACGAACAAAAAAAACCUUUUAGAAAAUGAAUUUGCUGUCAUGUUUUGUGGAAUGAGGGACUGUUGAAGAACUUGCCACCACCUGGAGUUUGAGUUAAAGCAUGAAAAUGGUGCUCAUGCCUGAUGCUCUAGCACACCGAACCUGCACGUGCCAUUGUAGAGGAUCUUCCUGUCUUAGAGAGCAGAUACCUUCUGAAAACUAUUUACUCCAAAAGACCCUCUGAAUCAAAGUUUAAGCUGUAUUAUUUAGACUUGUAUUUAGAACGUGUCACUUUCUCUGAACUGUUACUGCCUGUAUGGAGUCAUGGACAACAUCGGAUAACUUUCCUCUAGGAGAAUACAAGCCUUAAUAAACAACACCUGUUUAGCAU